CCGUAAGCCCAUUUUGAACAAACAUCCUUCCAAACUGUUGUCAAAAGAUUUUUUUCUUCCUUGGGAUCACUAUAUACAGAUACAAGAUAGUUUGGUUCGUUUCCAAUAUCCAGGACAUCCGCCUUCCUCCCUUUCCCUGCCAGGUAGAUAAAAACUACAAAUACACUGCUUUACAACAGCACUGGCCUGAGUAUGUUCAGCAGAAGAGGCUAUAUCCCAGAAGAUGAGGACAGAAGUGAUAGAAGGCAACAACACCAAACCUAGUGCUCCUCUCCUGGCCCAACGAUACCCAAGAAUGGUCACGAAAGAUGGACACAGCACACUACAAAUGGAUGGUGCCCACGGGAAAGGCCUGGCAUACCUAAAAGAUGCUUGGGGAAUCCUUAUGGAUAUGCGCUGGAGAUGGAUGAUGCUGGUAUUUUCUGCUUCUUUUGUCCUCCACUGGCUUGUCUUUGCAGUUCUCUGGUACCUACUAGCAGAAAUGAAUGGGGAUCUGGAGAUCGAUCAUGAUUCUCCACCUGAAAACCACACUAUUUGUGUAAAGUAUAUCACAAGCUUUACAGCUGCUUUUUCUUUCUCACUGGAGACACAGCUCACUAUUGGUUACGGCACAAUGUUCCCAAGUGGAGACUGUCCAAGUGCAAUUGCCCUACUUGCUAUACAAAUGGUACUGGGUCUGAUGCUGGAGGCCUUCAUCACAGGUGCAUUUGUAGCAAAAAUUGCCCGUCCAAAGAAUCGAGCUCUCUCCAUCCGGUUCACCUAUUCUGCUGUAGUGACACACAAAGAAGGAAAGCCAUAUCUAAUGUUCCAAGUGGCCAAUACUCGCCCAAGCCCACUCACCAGUGUUCGGAUUUCUGCAGUUCUUUAUGAAGAACAAGAAAAUGGUCAGUUGCAUCAAACCAGUGUGGAUUUCCAUCUAGACAGCAUCACUUCAGAAGAGUGCCCUUUCUUUAUCUUUCCUUUAACCUAUUAUCAUCCCAUAACUCCAUCUAGCCCUCUAGCCAUUCUCCUGCAAAGGGAGGCUCAUCAACAUUUUGAGCUAGUAGUCUUCCUUUCUGCCACACAAGAGGGCACUGGAGAAACAUGCCAGAGGAGGACAUCCUAUCUUCCAUCAGAGAUCAUAUUACACCACCAUUUUGCCUCCAUGUUGGUUCGAGGUGCUAAAGGGGAAUAUCAGAUCAAGAUGGAGAAUUUUGACAAGACAAUCCCAGAACUUCCAGCUGCAGACUCUAAAAGUUCAAAGAGGACUGACAUGGAGAUCCGCAUCAAUGGGCAGCACAUUGACAGCUUCCAAAUCUGUGAGACUCAUCUGACUGAAUAGACUUUGAAUGUGAUGCCAGCUUGUUUUCGUUUUCAACAAUUGGAUUAGACUACCACACCAACGUUUUCACUUUCCUCUCUAUUUUAUUGUGCUCUUUUUGUUCUCUCAAUAUCUUUGACUUCAGAACAGUUCACAGAAUAAAGAGCAUAGCAUCCAUGUAACUGGAUGAGCCACUGGAGUAACUGCACAAAAACAGAGUCAGGGACAAGAAACACUGCACAAAUUAUGGGAAAACAGAACUGCUACCUGCUGAAUUCACUAGACUAUGAUUAAAACUGCACUGACCCUGAAACAAGAGACUUCCAGACUCAGACAGCUUGUCAAAAAUCUAAUUAAAUGACAUUAAGGUAAACACUGUGGCAUUGUAGUAGAACUAAGAAAAAAUUCACCUGAAAAGGCCAAGAUCCUUCAGAUUUGUUGAAUCAGUCCUCUCGUGCUAUACAGUUACAACAGAAUAUGCUGGUGUCUAAACAUGCUAUGAAGAAUGUUGCUAGUAUUUUCUGUGGCAAUGAAGUUGCAAUCCUGCUGUGCUUGUUUAUUAAGGAAAAUCACAAGCAUUUGCUGAAGCUUUGUUCCAGCAGCUAAGAACAAGUUCAACACCCGUAGGCACUUUCGUGAUGAAAGUGAAUGGCAAGAAUUUUUACAUGUAUUAGACUUAAAUAUUCUAUAUUGGAACUAUUUUCAUACGGAGAAACAUGCAAUAAAUUUAGCAGACAACAGGAAUUCAUCGAUCUCUAUUUGCAAUUCUCCUCUCAAGGAUAAUCAACACCUCAUGUCUCUGCCUUGUUGCAAGUCAAAAUCUAAUUACUCCUGUCAUCAGAAAGAUCCACUGCUUCCCACAUUUAUUGCAGUUUCUUUCCAAAAUAACCAUUCAGUUAAUAAAAACAGAGAUAAAAUGCA